AUGGCAUCUUGGAGCCAGUACAAAACAGGAGAAGGAAACAAGCAGACAUCUGUACAUUUGAUGCAGACCAGGCAGAAUUGCUCUUCAGCAAGCUUUGCAGCCCAGGGAAAGAUGAUCAGUAUCAAAAGAAUGAGAGCUGAAUAUAAGGAGCCAUUACCUUACCCUGUUCCCAAGACAGAAGAGGAAAACAGCCUCAAUACCCCAACAGUUCUCUUCAUGGAAAGUCUCACUCCCAAAUCUAAUGAAAAUCUCUCACAUAAACUGGAAGUGGGUCAGAAGAAGGGAUAUGGAGCGUAUGAACCAGCUCUUUGGUUGCAACUAAUUGGAUUAAGAUGUGUCUUUCUGAGGCGGAGCAAUUGGAUUUCUGUCUGGAACUCUGGGAGAGGCACACAUUUGCAAUGUGGAGCCAAGCUGGAAGGAGCAGAUAAAGAAUUCCAGGGUCUGGUACCAAGUAGGAGAGAAAGAACAGGAAUAAGGGAACUCUUGUGCACCUCGCUCACUGGCAAGCAGGGGACCCUGCCUGCCAACCUGGACGACAUGAAGGUGGCAGUGCUAAAGCAGGAGCUGAAGUUGCGGUCAAUGCCUGUCUCAGGCACCAAGAAAGACCUGAUCGAGUGCCUGCGGGCCUACCAAGAACAAGUCAGCCCUGCCCCAGGAGCCCCCAAGGUCCCUGCUGCCACCUCCAUCCUGCCCAAGGCUGACAAGGUGGUGGUGGCCUUCCCGGCAGCCCGACUAAGCACAGGGCCUGCCCUGGUGGCAGCAAGCCUGGCCCCAGCAGAGGUGGUAGUGGCCACAGUGACCAGCAACGGCGUGGUGAAAUUUGGCAGCACAGGUUCCACUCCCGUGUCUCCUACUCCCUCAGAGCGUUCACUGCUCAGCACAGGCGACGAGAACUCCACGCCCGGGGACACCUUUGGCGAGAUGGUGACAUCACCACUGACCCAGCUCAGCCUGCAGGCCUCACCACUGCAGAUCAUCGUCAAGGAGGAGGGUCCCCGGGCUGGGUCCUGCUGAGUGAGCCCUGGGGUGCGGGCAGAGCUGGAGGGGCGUGACAAGGACCAGACGCUGCAGGAAAAGGACAAGCAGAUCGAGGAGCUGACCCGCAUGCUCCGGCAGAAGCAGCAGCUGGUAGAAUGGCUCAGGCUGCAGCUGGAGCAGGAGAAGAGGGCUCGGCAGCCAACGCUGGCCCCUGUCCCCGCUCCCACCCCUCUUGGCGUCCCAGUGAAGCAAGAGAAUAGCUUCUCCAGCUGCCAGCUGAGCCAGCAGCCCCUGGGCCCUGCUCCCCGCUUCAGCCCCAGCCUGGCAGCCCCCACUGCCCAUCACGUCGACACUUGUGCCCUGGUGCCCCCUGCGGUGGCGGUGAAGCAGGAAGCCGCGCUGCCCACGGAGUCAGCCCCCGCACCCCAGCUGUUUCUGGGCCCACCGGACCCCGGCCUCGCCAAGGGGGUCACGCCUCCCACCGUCAUCACUGACUCCACAGGGACCCACCUUGUCCUCACCGUGACCAAUAGGAACUGGCCAGACAGCCCUGGCCUGGCCAGCGGGAGCCCUCAGCAGCCCUUGUCCCAGCCGGGUUCUCCAGCCCCUGGCCCACCAGCCCAGACGGACCUGGAGACCCCGCCACAGCCCCACUUUGGGACUCCCACUUCUCUGCUGAAGAAGGAGCCGCCUGGCUAUGAGGAACCCGUGAACCGGCAGCCCAGACAGCAGGUGAAGAAGAAAAAUGGUUCCUCAAGUCAACAGAUGGAUGACCUGUUUGACAUUCUCAUUCGGAGUAGAGAAAUUUCAGCAGAUUUCAAGGAGCCGCCAUCCCUGCCAGGGAAAGGGAAGCCCCCCUCGACAGCAGCCUGCGGGUCACCCCUGGCCACACAUUUCCCACCCUCUGCUGAGCUUCCCCAGGCUGUCCUGCCUCUAUCAUCUUCACCUGCCCUCCCUGGGCGCCUGGAGGACUUCUUGGAGAGCAGCACAGGGCUACCCCUGCUGACCAGUGGACACGAGGGGCCAGAGCCCCUCUCCCUCAUUGACGACCUCCAUAGCCAGAUGCUGAGCAGCUCUGCCAUCCUGAACCCCACCCCCUCACCCAUGGACACUUCUGAAUUGCACUUUGCCCCUGAGCCCAGCAGCAUGGGCCUGGACCUGGCUGAUGGCCACCUGGACAGCAUGGACUGGCUGGAGCUGUCGUCAGGCGGCCCCGUGCUCAGCCUAGCCCCACUCAGCACUGCAGCGCCCAGCCUCUUCUCCACGGACUUCCUUGACGGCCAUGACUUGCAGCUACAUUGGGAUUCCUGCUUGUAG